GACCUGUUUCCCAUGCUCCAUCUCCUUCUCCAUUCUUUCUUUUCUUAUCAAGUUUUCUCGUGGCUCGAACUCCACACUCCAAAAGGAAAGAAAUGGGGUUUCCUCCAAUUCCGGCGUGAUAUGCAAGAAGACUGUGUAGAUUUUUCUUCUUGCUACUACUUCUUCAACAAGUGUAGAUAAAACUUAAGAACGUGUAUACACUGAUCUGCACACGAUCAAACUCUGUGCUCUCACUCAAAGUUACUGAAUUUAUAUAUCUGCAGGGAAGCACUGUCAGACUGUCAGAGCAUUGCUGCUUUGAAAAUUCAUCCUUCUACUUCGGUUGCAGCAAUUAUUUCAAUUGUGUGUUGCAGAUUCAUCUUUUCAACUUUGGCUUUGAGAUCAUCUACAAAGAUUGAGAAGAAGUACGUAAAAAGCAAGCGCCUUUUAAAUGAUGCCGGGUCAGACAAAAAUUUUUGACGAUGAAUCCUUCGAUCUCAUGUCAGCAGACUAUAAUAAUCCAAGUUUCAACUCAUAUACUGAAGGCAAGGGCAAAGAUCUUGGGAAUCCAAAUGAAUUAUCAGAAGUCACUUUGAGAAUUACCAACAUUCCCCAGGGAUUGGAAAAGCAAGGUUUGUUUAAUUUAUUUUCCAAGUAUGGUGAAGUUGAAGUUAAGUACCAGCGGCACUCGACUAGAGAGCCCGGCACACAGAUCGCUUAUAUCAAAUAUGACACCCAGAUUUCAGCCAAUCGUGCAAUUAAGGAAGUCCAUAAAGAACCACCCUUUCAUAUGAGAGUCCAGUUUGCUCCUCCACAAACUAAUAAAACUCAAGCAGGUGAUAUUCAUAAUGAUAGCAGCAUCCUUGAAGCGAUGAAACCGGUAGAACCACAGACUGAGCAAAAAAAGCCAGACAACAUUUAUAUUGGCCCAAGAUUGGAGGAAAUACAGGCAAGUUUUUUCCCCCCAGAAAACACUCAUGAUUUUAUUAUCCCUGAUAAUUUUGAUCCCCUUUACUGCAAUCCGUUUGUCAGUUUUCAUGAAAACAAAUAUAAAAUUUACCCUAUUUUAGAUGUUAAGUCUGCUGAGUUUAUGAACACCCCUAGUAAGAAAGUCUCUUUAGGUCACUGUUUUUAUACUGAGGAGAAAGAAGAACGCAAAUCUCCAAACAAACCGAAAAGCUUAUCGACCGACAAAAAGGUUAAAAGUUCCGAAUUUGACCGUUGUGUUCUUUGUCCCCACAAAAUUGCUGCCUACAGUUGCUCAACAGAGUGCUCAACAUUUUACUGCUCUCUAGCAUGCCGAACUAAAGAUUGGCCAAACCAUCAGCUGAUUUGCGGUAAGUCAGUUGUAAGUAAUGAUGCCUGCGAUAAUAGUACAAGAAGAUCUCUCAAAGUCACACAUGUAGAAGACAACUUCAUCUAUGCGAUUAAGUCGGAAGAUGUUAAGAGAUUUGAAAGCAUGAAAAAGCGACUGCAAGAAGAAUGUCCAAACCAGCCUAGUUGCAGAAUUGUCGCAGGUGGAAUAUGUGCGAUUCUAUGUCCCGAUCAAGGGGAAUGGUGUAGAGGGAAAAUUUUGAAGGCUUCCUCCCCUAUUUCGACCAUACACUUGAUUGAUUAUGGUUUUUCUAAGCAAUGCAUGGCUACAUUCAUCAAGUUGCUGCCUUCAGACUUAUCCGAAGAUGAGCCUUUUGCUCUCAAAAUAAAACUUCAAGCUCCCUCUAAUUCAGUUUUUAUUCCUGGUAGUUUUAUGGAAGUCAAUUCUCUCAAACAGGAAGAUGAUGCAUACAUAGCUGAGUUUAUUGAAAAUUCAGAUAAAAAGUCAUCCAUCUCUACAUCAGUGUCGAAAACUUCCGACUUUGUCCGUGAAAUCAAUGUAAAAAUCAUCGACCUUUCUGCUGGGCGCUGUCCUGGAGACUUUACAGAGGUCACUGUAAUAGGAAAAUUAUCAUCUUGCACGUAUUAUGUUUCCUGGAGAGAUCUCACCUCCUUGAAUGAAUUUCCUUCGGUGAGUGCAUAUAUUAAAAUCAUCUGGAAAGACAGGAAGAUGGUUUUGCCUAUUGGAGCCAAAAUGAAAGUUCGCAGCCUUUGCCGGAUUUCUAGUGAUUUCUUUUACGUAGAGCCUUCUAUCAUAGAAGAUCAAAGUGAGAUGAAUACUAAUCGUGCAUCAGUGAUAGAAUGGCUGGAAGAGGGUAAUAAAGGAAAGAUCCUAGUCACAAGUUUCAAGAGAGACAACUUGUUUCUUGCUGCUAUAGUCCUUGAUGAUGAAUGUAAGGUGCUAGAUCAAUUGAAGUUAAUUCAUAAAAUAGUCUUUAGUAAGCUGAACAAGAAAAUGAAGAAUCCGCUAGAGACAGAUGAUUUUGUUCCCUUGAUUGGAGACUUAGUUGGAGUGUACGUAGAACAUGAGAGCAUUUGGACUAGAGGCAUCAUUUGGUCUAUCUCUCCCAACUUUGUUCGCUGUUCUCUUAUUGAUCUUGGGUGUGUAGUAUCUGUGCAUCCAAAGCUAGUAAGACCUUUGGAAAAGAAGUGUGAAUCUUAUCCCUUUUUUGGGGUCAGUUGUGAAGUGAAAAAAAUUGAUUCAGAAAAGAAGCUUGAGCUCUUUCAAAAAUCCGUAAACACAAAGUAUGAUUUUACUGUUUUGAAAGAAGGGCCUGAUGCAGUUGUUUGUAGUUUGUCAGACAAGGAUCAAGAAAUUUGCACAAUUGAAAUGAAAGAAUGGGAACCCACUUCUGAAGAAAUUGGUUUGAAAGCUGUUGCAUUGAAAAACAAGAGCCUAGUCCAUAUCACACAAUUUUAUUCGUCAUCAUUUCUGCACGUAACUCCAGUUAGUCAGGCCAAUUUUGUGAUCGAUCAAAAGCUCAUGAAGCUCAUUCAGUCUUCUCAACCUCUCAAAAACCCUCCCAGAUUUGGGCAGCUUGUAGCUUGCAGGUGGAGUAAAGAUAAUUGCUAUCAUCGUGCGCAAGUAUUUGAACCAUUUAAAGAUUCUGUUUACCGUAUUUUCUUCGUUGACUUCGGCACACAAGAAUUAAGUUCACUAGAAAAUAUUUAUGAACUUGACGAUGAGUUGCUGAGUUAUCCAUGUCUUGCAGUUAAAGUCUCCUUAAAAGGUGUUGAAGAUGCUGAUAUUCCAAACUGUGAAUCUGUAAAUUACCUAAAUUCACUGGGCUUCAAAGAAGAGCCUUUAAAAAUAGUGUUUGAGGACAAUGACUUGUCUAAUGCAGAAUUUUAUGACUCCUAUGAUGAAUCGAUCAAUGAGAAAAUGAAACAACACUUGAAGGUGGAAGAUUUAGCAGAAAAUGAAAUAAUUUAUGAUGCCCAUAUAAAUUUUGGUAAACUUGAGAUCGGUAGUGAGGUUGAGCUUGCCCUCUUAGGAAAACUUGCAGGGAUUUACUUCAUGUUCGAGCCAAAUACAGAUGUAGCCCAGUUCGUUUUUGGCACUCAUCAAAAGUUAAUUAACGACUAUUGUGAAGGGUUGAAAUCCAAUGGGUACACACCAUAUAAAGGAGAAGUCGUUUUUGUCAAUAUCAACACCCGAGAAAUGCCAGAGAGAUGCUGGUGUCGUGCCAUAGUCGGGAAAAUGAGGGAGUAUGGUUCAUUUGAGGUAAUAUUACUUGAUUUUGGUGGUCAAGGCGAUAUUUUAGUUUCAUCCAUGAGGAGAAUGCAUCCCAAGUUCGUCACGGUACCAGCUGUUGCCGUGGUCGUUAGACCGAAAAUACCUCAGGACUUGGCACAGGGUCAAAGAGAGAAGAUUGACUUAUUGUUUUCUCCCCUCAAAACAUAUUCAGGGAAAGUAUUGAAGGAGGAUGACAUAGAGUAUCUUGUUGAGAUGAAAUUCCUCAAUGAUAUUUUGAGGCAACUGUAGGAGAAAUAAUUAUCAUUGUUUAUAAACCUUUCACACAAACAACUUACUUGUCUGUGUUAUAGAUCCUCAUCCAAAAAUCUUUUAAGAAUAAGGACCCUACAAUCAGAAAAAUAAUAUUGACCUCUUUUAUUUUUGAAUUUGUGCGUGAUACUGUGAUGUCCCUAGUAGUACUGUCUGUAAAUAAAAAGUUGAAAAACUGUUACUCAAAUUUCAAAUCUCAACUGCGAAUGGAUCUGUGAAAAGGAACUUGUAUCUUCAGGAGAAAAUUUACCUUACUUUUUUUUUCAAAAGUUUAAACUACGUUCUUCUACAACCUAAGAUUUUUUUGUCUCGGAACCUGAAGAUGCUUAUCUCCUUUAAUUUUUAAGCUUUCAGGGUCAACAUUGCGUCAAAAGUUCCAGAUUAUCUUCACCAAUUUAUGUGCAAAACUGUAAGGAAAAUUUCCCUCCAGAAAAUAAGGUCCCUUCUCAUAGACUCCAUCAUAAUUUUAUAAAGAAACUGUUAAAACAUCCGAGUUAAGAACCCCUUAUUGUUCCAGCUUAUGUAAAUGCUAUCUUUACAAGUUUUUUAUCUUUUUAUUUUAGUAAAUUUUAACCAAAAUUUUACAUUGAUUUUACGUUAAAUUGUAGUUUUCUAUGUUGCAUAUUUUGCAAUUUAUUUUUUGUUAAGUGUCAAUAUGAGUAAUUUUUACCUCCUCUAAUGUUGAUGACCAGCUUUAUUAUCACAAGAAAAAUUUCUAUUUUUCCUACUAAAAAUUAACACCAUGAAUUUUCAUUUAAUUUUUUUCCAUUAUUAUUUCCUUCAAUACAUUAUUGUUUGCAUAAAGUUUAGAAAAUGUUAUUCAGAGUAGUUAGCUUCAGUAGUUAAAGGUUUCCUUGUGUAAUGGUGUGUAUUAAAAUGUAUCAGACUUGCUAAAUCCCAUAGGUAUUUUAAAAUCAAUUGUGAUGAUUAUGAGGAAAAUCUGCAAAGCCAUGCCCCCCUUUUUUUUUGAUCACAGAACUGAAAGUAUAUUUCUCUUGAAUUUUAAAACUUGAACUGUUCUUUUUUUUUUUUUUUUUUUUUUUUCCAGCAAAAAUUGUUCAUAAUUUAAAUGUUACCAGUACUUAGGGAUCCUUAGUCGAAUAGUGCUAAUUCUAAAUAAAAACAUUGUAAUUUUUUACGAGUACUCAUUCCAUUUUUCUCCUUUUACUCAGUCAAUUCAUAAGGAACUGGGGAUAAAAAUGUAUAUUGAAGAUUGCAUAUUUUCUAUUUUAAUGUAGUAGAUUUAAGUUUUUUUGUUUUGGAAAUGAGAGAAGUUAAAAAUUUAAUCAUAAUAAUCUUAUAUUGUUGAUUCCACUCAAGUUCUACAAUCAACAAACUGUGAUUCAGUUUUAUUAAAAUGCUUAGUUGCUUUUGGUUUGAUUUUUUGUGUUAUUUUUUUAUUUUGGUAAGCUUUUUUCUGUAGACUUCUAAAUCAAAUGUAUGUGCCUAAAAAUGAUCUUGCAAUUAAAAUCAGUUUUGAUGAAAAAUUGA